AUGAACUCUACACACCUGAAAGCCUCGAACUCUACCCUACCAGUUUGCUCCGUAAAAUGCCAGUUUUCCGUGGGCAGCAGAGUGGCCAUUAUUUUCUUCUUCUUCCUUAUCUUCGUUGCCUCUUUCAUUGGGAACAGCAUCCUGUCCCUUGCAAUAAUCCGCCAUAAGGGGAUGCGUCGAAGUUCGACCAACUUUUCCGUUCUGAGCCUCAGCCUCGCAAACAUUCUAAUCACAGUGUUCUGCAUUCCGGUUUUUGUGAUCGACGCUUUUAUUGUAGAUAAGUGGACGUUCGGUGUAAUCGGCUGCAAACUGGUCGCUUUCCUUCAAAACCUUGCCAUAAAUGCCUCUAUUUUCACACUCGUCAUCAUCAGCGUCGAGAAGUUCUUGGUUGUUUGCUUUCCAUUUCGAGUACGUUCCCAGAAAACUAAAGUUCGCUACUUGGUUCUUGGCGGAUGGGUUGUUGGAAUCAUCCAGUCAUCGGUGUACUUGAGUUACAAGAAGUUAGAAAUGUUUGAUGGAAUUCCCUAUUGUAUCCAAGUCUGGCCUUCCUUCAAGACUCGGCAGAUAUUCCUUGUUGUUGAGGCAGUUGCCCUGCGUAUCAUUCCGCUCGCGCUCAUGAUUGUUCUCCAUGUCGUCACAAUCGUAAAGAUCAAGGCAAGAUUGAAGUAUCGAGCGCAAGAAAACUCUGCAGCAAAGUCAGCAGCGGUGAAUGUCGUUGGUUCGCAGGCCCUCAAGAAGAGACAGAGGGCUGUUGUUAUGCUGGUGUUUAUCGCCACUGCAGCUGCUGUAACCCUCUUUCCCCACUACUGCUUUAGGUGCUGGCGUUUGUUGGCUAAUUCGGAGAAAGUUUCAGACGUCUACACUUUUAAUAUCUUUAUUACCGUGUUCACAUGGCUGCUCUACUUUAACAGUACCUGUCAUCCCAUCAUCUUUGGGCUCAUGAGCUCCAAGUAUCGCAAGGCAGCAAAAAGGACAUUAUCUAUAACUUGGAAAUCCCCACUAGGUUCGAGCAUAGGGAAAAAGAAAAGGCAACAACUUAUUCUAAUGGCCGAGCAAGGUGGGAACUUUAACCCUUCAGCGUCGACUUAA